AAGAGCACGAGGGAGCACCAGACGCCCACUGCAGAUAUCAGGAAUGAUGAACAGCCGUGCGCUUUGCCUCUACAUCGCGCUCCUCUACCCAAUUCCCAAAACAUUGACGGAAUACUCAACCAAUACUGACUCGGAGUACGAGUUUGGGGAUUACCGGGGCAAGUGGUGCUUAGACGACCACGGAUUUGUGUAUAGCAUCGGGGAGGUGUACUAUCCCAGUCCAUCUGCUUGUCCGUGCACCUGCACUGAAGACGGACCCGUGUGCAUACGACCCAAGUGUCCUCGCAUUCAUCCUCGAUGUACACGGAUUAAAUACAAGUCCUGCUGUCCAGUGUGUGAGGCAGUUAGCAAAGUGUGUGUAUAUGGUGGCAAAAUGUACAGAAUAUUCGAGGAAUUCAGGUUGUCACGCUGUGAGAGAUGUCGUUGUGAGCCCAACAGGGAGGUGUAUUGUUCCAUCUCUGACUGUCCUGCACCACACUGUGUCAACCCUACAUAUGAGCCCAACCACUGCUGUCCUGUCUGCGACACUGGGCCCAAUUGUUUUGUGGGCGACAGAGUGAUCUCGGCAGGGGAGCGGGUGGAGAUAGACAAGCAGACUGUGUGUUACUGCACCUACCGGGACGGCACCUGGCAGAUACACCCCCAUGCCACCUGCGAGCAGCGCCCGCUGCCGGACCCCGAUCUCAACCCCAGCCCCUCUGAGCCCCCCGAGGAAGACGAGACCAAGCAGAUGGACAGGGACUUCCGCCCCAGGCUGGACUGGAUCCCGUGAGCAGGCAGGAGGGUGGGUGUGAGGGUAAUAGUGCGCCAAGGGGAAACGGGGAGAUGAUGGGGCAGGUUGUUUUCCGUGCCCUGCUGAGUGCAGUCUGCAUAGGGCUUAGGGCCAGGGAUGACCUACACCACAUUAUACAACCACAAUAACAUUACUAGCUAGUAGUGUUUAUGCAAUAAUAUAUAAAACUUUGCACACAGGGACAAUGUAUGGUGCACAUUCAAGACAAUACACAACUAUAACAUAUAGUUUGUUGAAAUGAACGUCUUUAGUCUGGUUUUGUUAUCAAAGGGCUGGUGUAAGUGGACACUUAGAGAUGGUGGCAACAUUCACCCUUUCAUUAAUCUCAGGUUUACACUAGUGCACAUUAACGUUGCACUGUAUAUUUCUCUUUGACUACUGUUGUUUCUUUACUAACUUAAAGAUAUCCAUCUCAGAAUGGUUCUAAUUCUGAAAUGGAAAUGUUCCUUUUUCUGUAUGUAUAUUGACUUGUGGUUCUAUUAAGUGUUGCUUUGAUUGGCAUAUUAUCAAAUAAACAUCAGGAAACG